GCAGACUUAUGCUGGUGCAAUAUGAAGCUGCCACAUCGGUGGAUUAUGAGUGCUGGCAAAGUAUUCAUCCACAUAUGGAAAACCAGAUUACAUCUCAGCAUGCACUGCAUGGCAUCCCUGAGAAACAAGUUUGGCACAGCCAUCCACAUCUUCAUGUUUGCCUGGAGGAUUGGAGAAGAUAA